GAAAACUCUCAGGCAUCUGACUUUUACAACUCGUAACAGGCUGCUAUAAGGAGGGACGAAAGAAGGAUGUAAAUAUCUCGUUUAUUCUGCACAAGACGGAGCAAUUCUAGCUGCAUGCAGGGUUCCUCCUCUUGGUUUCUUGGAACAGCUAGGCAGUUAAGUGAAUUGGGAUCAGCAGUCAUUGUCGAGAGCUGAACAGCAAAGAAGUGCGAAGCAAGAAUCAUCUAUCUUCUCUUCUAGUAGCCUACAAUUAUUAAGGUACAAUCUGGUUGAGUCUCCAGGAGCCUCUAUUUAUGAGCAGUCGAGGUCCAAGCUUGUGAUCCUUCAAGCAGCUACGUUCAGAGGCUGUUGAGCAUACAAAUGAGAUACUCGUUAAAGCAUACAGCCUUGGUUCGUAUGUUGCCACACAAUACACGAAGCUGAGUCUACAGCUUCAAGUUGUCCUCAUCUAUCCGAGCAUGCGCUCACUUAGAUUGUACGCAGCUGAAUGGAUCUUCAGGCUGCUUUCUUCGACCAGCUUUGAAGCAGCAUCCGUGUGAACAACUCUUGAAGCUCUUAGCUCAGAGAGAACUCAAACAUAACCGCUUAAGAACGCUUGGGAGGCUAAAGUAUACUAUAAACAACUUUUCUUCGAUUCAAUCAUCCAAGAGCGUUGGCAGAACUAAUUCUGUAGCAACUUGAGCUGCUUUCAUGCACCUGCAGACCUGUUUGUCUUUCGGCAAGCUCCGCUGAUCCAAUAUUGAUCCCAGCGCUGUAGAAACUUGCCAGUUGGUCUGCAGAUGCAUUGCAAGAUAGCACUUCUGCCAGGCAUUGCGCUUUGCCUGGAUCAGGUUGAAUAGCAGCAAGAGAGGCAGGCAGCCAGUCCCCUGUGUUUCUAGAAAGAUGAAUGGGACUGACAAGCCUGCGCAGGGGCAUGAAGUCAAACGAAGAGCAAUAGAACGAGGAAAGAGGGCGGAGUCUCCUGCGGAACAAAAGGUUAAUCUCGGAAAGAUCCGGCCUCAUGCCUUGGAGCUUUCUGGGGAUCCUGAGCAGCAGUACGAUAUGCUGUUGCGCCAUAUUGGCGAAGCAGAGGUGGUGAUGAUUGGAGAGGCUACACACGGGACUCACGAGUUCUAUGAAGAGCGGGCACGAAUCACCAAGCGCCUUGUUGAGGAGAAGGGUUUCACAAUGGUGGUCUGCGAAGCGGACCUGGUCGACAUGGACCACGUGAACCGCUACAUCCGCGGCAGGUCGCCCAAAGAGAACGCGGCCGCGGCGCUUUCGGGGUUUAGGAGAUACCCCCUGUGGAUCUUCAGAAACACGGCGGUGGCCGACUUUGUGGAGUGGGCCAAACAGCACAACGAGCAGGUGAUUUCUAAGCACAAGCCCAGCCGACGCGCGGUGUCUCUUCACGGCUUUGACCUGCAAGGGUUGUACAAGUCGCUGGAAGUCGUCAUCCAGUAUCUAGAGAAGCGAGACCCGCAAGCGGCAAAACUAGCCAGGCAACGCUACGCCCGCUUCUACCAAUUCGCCCCCGACCCCCACGACUACGGCCUCGGCACGUCAGCAGGCGGCAGCAGCGACAGCUGUCAGCACGAUUGCGCGCGCAUGCUCGCGGAGCUGCGCGAGCUGGGGCCCGAAACGCGCGCGCCGGGAGGCGAUAAGCAUCGACAUCGGUGCCAGGACGAUGCUUACUUCUUCGCGCUCCAGAACGCGGUGGUAGUCCAAGAUUCGGAGGCCUACUAUCGGACGCUAUACGAAUCCUACGAAACCGCGUGGAAUGUCCGCGACCGGCACAUGUUCAACGCAUUAGUGGCCCUGAAGGACCACUGCGAGGCGCUGUGCGGGCGGCCUUGCAAGGUGGUCGUUUGGGCGCACAACUGCCACGUCAGCGACGCGCGCGCGACGGAGAUCGCCUGGGACUGGGGGCAGAUCAACCUGGGGCAGCUGGUCAAGGAGAAGUACGGGGAGAAGGCAUUCAGCAUUGCAUUCAGCACCUACAGCGGAAGUUUGACGGCGGCCCCCGCGUGGGGCGAAGCGGGGCGGCGCGUGCAGCUGCCGCCCGCAAUGGCAGGCUGCCAAGAGGAUGUGUUCCAUCAGUUGUCGCUCCCGCGCUUCCUGCUGGAUUCGAGUCGAGCGGAGCCGCAGGACCUGGAGCUCAUGAAACGGUCAAUCGGUCUUGUGUACCGAGAAGAUUCUGAGGAGACGUACAACUACUACCGGGUAAAGGUCUUCCAGCAGUAUGACAGGAUGAUCUUUAUUGACCAGACGAGGGCGGUGGAGCCGCUAGACGAAGAGUCAGUGUCGAAUAGGAUUGGGAAGGAUGACGAGAUGCCUCAGACCUACCCUCUUGGGGUCUAGAAAACGUGUGAUCUCUGGUUUGGAGCCGAUACUAAGACUGAAAUGAGAUCAGAUUACAGUGUUUUGAAAUCUAACAUGUGACGGAACAUCAGAGUGCUUCAUCUUUUUUAGGAAGGUAGCUUUCUAGAUUAUCAUUUGGUGCGAUCUGAUUCAUUUGCGUACGUUUUGUACCAAUGUAGCUUCAGUAUUGAUGUAGCAGUGUUCAAAGAAGAGUUAGACGUCGGGAACCGCAAGAAACAGUCCUUAGGAUCUUUAGAUGGCCAACGUACUGUCCGUAAAGAUUUUAUUCCGUGCUUCCUUGGCUAUAAAUCACCGUCAGGCUCCAAUCGCAACAAGGAUUCCGUCCGAGUCAGAUAUUCACGAGUAUUGAUCAGCGGCAGCAAAAGAGCCUUCUGACCAGCGGCCCAGCUGAUCAGCAAUUUCAAUACUUCUGCG